AUGGAGAAGGCCAGGAGGGUGGUGGCCGCUGUCCUGCUGUGUGUGCUGGCCGUGGGGCUGGGCCUGGCCCAGCACUGGUCCUAUGGCCUCCAGCCAGGGGGCAAGAGGAGCACCCAGGUCCUGCUGGGGCCAUUCCAGGAGAUUCCAAAUGAAAUGGAAAACUUAGAGGAGGAGCAGCAGAGUGAGUGCCCAGGCUCGUACCAGAAUUCCAGGAUCAGGGAUCUGAAGGAAGCCAUGGAGAGGCUGGUGGAGGGAGAAGGCAGAAGAAAGAAGGUUUAA